ACGGAUUUGAUGAGCAAGCAAUUUUUGCUAUCAUAACUGUAUAAAUGUUAAAACAGCAAAAGAUGCACUGGUUGCUGAUUUUCACUGUUCUCUUACAACAUUCAGCUGAUCCAGUUGUAGCUCAAGAUUGUAAUAAUAAUGGUUAUACCGGUGAUGUUAUAUUACUAUUUGAUGAUUCGGAGAGUACACUAUUCGUAGUUAAUGAUACUAAAGUGUAUGCACCACCAUUAGUGGCCUUUCUUAAACAGGCUAUCAGUAUUUUCACUUCUUUUGGUCACCAUGUUGCUCUGGUGUCUUUCAGUUCAACAAGUUCUGUUGUCAAUUCUUUCACAAAUGAUGAAGCACAACUGACAACAUCCAUAGAUAACUUUCAACCUUCUUAUAAGGGUUCAAAUUUAAACAUAGGUGUGAAUGUCAGCAGCGAACUUUUUAAUACGGACGGUAGAAGUGGUUUGCCAAAAUUAUUGACGAUAAUAACAGAUGGAAUUUCGACAGAACCCCAGCUUACCUUGCAAGAAAUAAGCAAAUUGAAGCAGAACGGAAUUCCGGUGCUGGCAUUGCCUUUUCUCCUAUCAGAAACAACAGAAUUAUCAAAUUUAGUGUCGGACUCAACUCAAGAUAUAUUUCCAUUGGAUGGAGCAAAUUUAGAUUUAUCAAAUAAUCUUUGUUCAAUCUUUAUUGCGGACUUCAUAGAUGGUUUGGACAUUGAGGAAUCUUUACUUAUUGUUAAAAUUCAACCCUCCUUCGCGCUCUGCAAAUAG